UUGCUCUCACCUGCCUCUUCAUCAGCUUGUUCUUGAAAUUAAGGCUUGCAUGCAAAGCAACAAGGACCAUUCAUCCACAUAUAUACCAUCAUAUACUCUCUUCAUGACUUUCAACCCACAGAUAUGGCAUUCUUCAACAGGGUGUCACCUGCACUGGUGGAAAUCCUGAACAAGUUGCAGAGUGGUGAAAGCUUAACAGACUUCGAUCAUAACCUAUAUGAAUAUGGCUCAGUUCGAUACAAUAUCCAGGCAUCGGCAUCAAGUCCACAAAUUGUUAACUUGUCCACAUGGAUGCCACCACUUUCUCCAGAGUUCUCUUCAGAUUGUCUACCUGACUGUGCCCUACAAGAUGUCAAAAGGGUAUAUCUUGAUUCUGCAGAAGUAGUGGAACCUUCGAAGCAAGGUUAUAUGCUUACUCUCAGAAUCGACUUUGCGGAACUUCCACAGAGAAAAGAAGAUCGGAUGAAGGCUAUCAGCGAGAUCUCCUCAUUACACGCAGUCAUACUGAGUUCACAAAUGAAGGACAUGUUGUGGAACCUUGAACCCCGGUACAUGGGCAAUGGCAUGUGCAACCCAAUCAAGAUUGUCCAUCAGCUGAAAGAGCCCUUCUUUGUCAUCAAAAUGCUGGAGAAGACAACCGUGAUAUAUCCCAUGCGCUUCAAAGAUGAUACGGAUGUAAUUUUGGCAACAUCAUUCUUUCAGGAACUUGUAGAUGUUAGCAAUUUAGAAGCACACUACAAAGCACCACGUUGCACCUGGUCACCAAUCCCUCCUCUGGAGUUGAGAGGAGAGCCAUUCCAAUAUCUGACAACAAAUGGAGGAUUUGUAUCCCUAGAAAUUUUCUCACAACACAUCAGAGGUACAAAGGCAGACAAUACUGUCUGGAAUUUACUGACUUUCGUUUCCUAUGUAAAGUAUCAUGUAAAGCAGUGCACCAGAGGCUUUAUCCAAAGAAAGAUGAGGCAGCGUCAGGAAAGCUUAACUGAGGUAAUAAGAAGUGCAAGAAUCAGAGGAGAUGAAGAUGUCAAAAAACAUCAAAUCGGUGGUCACAAAAAUGUUAAGAAAUUGAUGAAUUUCUCAAGAUCAAAGAUGUUCAAAAAGAGGUAUACAAUCAUAACUAACAAAAUCAAGAAAUUCCACUAUCGGAUCAAAAUAAAGUGGCUACUACAUCGGUUUCGACGGCAAUGGCUUAGAGUUCAAAAGAUCCCUUUGUUGAGGAAGUACAGAAAAUUAGAUUAAGCAUCAUCAGCUUCCCAAAUAAACCAUUAUAACAAAUAAGUUGUGUGAGGAGCAAAAGGAAUGGCUGUCGAUGCAUCUCAUCUUGAAAACAAAGGAUUCAGGUAUAUGCUGGCAUAAAUUGUGUUGAAGAAAAAGAAAUAGUUCCAUGCUUUAGAACUCAGGUCAAACUCUCAAACAGCACUUAUGAACAGCUGAUAUUUUCUGCUUACUGGAGUGGGGCUGUAACUUUGAUUGUGUGGCCCUUGUAUGCUAUGAUUGCUCGUGAGGUAUCAGUAUAUAAUUAUGGAGCCCAAAAUGCUUCUCCAAACACACUAUGACAAGGAUAAGACGGAAUGACAGAUUACAGGUAAAACAAAACAGCUAUGGCCUGUAAAGGCUGAUUAAUUUUAUGAAUACCAGCAUGCAUAAUCUACUUUCAGAGGCAAAUAUGAAUGAACCCAUUGCUGUGAACACUGCUCUCUCAUGAUGUUAGCCUCAAGGUGAUACCCUUUAUGAACCAAUACAUUUUGAGCUUCAGCUGAACCGUAUCUGGAUCACUGGAAACAAUAGAGACCGUUCAGUCUCGAUCUGAAGUUCACUUACAAUCAGUGUCUUAAAGAUCUUGUCUACCAUUAUUCUUUUCUGUUGUACAAUCUCCAAUAUCUUAAAGAAACUAUUCCUUGCAGUGAGGAAUUGUUCUUAACAAACAGAAUGAGUAUGAUAUGGAAGAUUUUUUACAGGUAAUCAUAGAUUAUAAAAUGCAGUAGACUUCUAACUAUUUUGAACUGUCUGACUGUCAACAUAAAGCUUUCAGAAAAGUGGCACAUGCUCAACUGUCAUUGUUAGUAUUGUGUCAAUGAUGGUUCUAAUCUAUCCUUGAAGAUCCAGUCUCAUUAUUUGGUCCAAGAAAUGUGGAUGGCGUAACUAUUUGCAGAUGGUUCAGCCAAGUGCAGUGAGGGUUGGCAAUGAUCCUUAGAUCAGCUUCUAGUUUUUCCUCGUUGUAUUAAGCACUAUAUCAACUGCCAUUAGACUCGAAGUCCUUGGGAUGCCAACGAGAAAGAAACAAAUCUUGUUGGCAGUGCAAUGCAUAUAAUGAAAUCCAAAUGGUAUUAUAUCAUUGUUGUAAUACCCUUUUGUUUUUCUUUCACUAACUCGAAAAACUAUAUUUGACACACACCUCACAAAUUAUUAUUUACUUCUUAUUUGGAUUUAUACCUUGAUAUGGAAGUCAUUCCAUCAAUCAUUUUUUGUUUCAUAGUUCUAAUACAAAUAAAUUUGUUCAAUCUAUAUUUAAAAUUAAAACUAAUAUGAAAUAGAUCUUCUCAUACUAUUUAGCAUUCUCCCUCAUCUCACCCUCCCUUUUCGUCUUUAGUUUGGGACUAACUGCAGGGGAGAAUUGUGAAGCAGGAGAAGGUGGAAGUCAUUAUCAGAAGAAGCAAGUCCUCCACAUUUUUUCUUUUAGUUUUUAAGUUUUGAAAUACUUGAUUGAUGUUUUAGUUGAUUAAUAUUCCAUAAAAUUUUAAUAUUCAUUAAUUUAAUAUUUUCAAUAUAGAAUUGUUAAUGUUAAUUUAAUUGAUUUAAAAUUUUGUAUCAUGAUAUAAAAAAUAAUAAACCAUAUCUUGUGAUGUUAAUGUUUUAAAACCAUAUUAACAAUAUUCAUAUCUUCUUGUAUUGUAUUAGAUUACAUUGUUAAUCUUAAUGAAAGAUUUUUGAAAUUUUGUAUGAUGACACAAAAGUUAGUAAAUAUCAUAUUUAAAGAUUUUUGUCUUCAAACCAUAUUAACUGAUAUUCAUAUCUUUCUGUAAUAAAUUAGAUUUUUUGACAAAAAAAAAAUAUUUAGGAUGAUUGUUGGAUUCGGUUCAAGGUUGGUUUUGGACCCAAACAAGUCAGUUGGAUCCAAAGGCAAGCUCUAGAUUGGCUUGGACCAAAUUUGACAUAGGUUGGAUCCCUCGAUUGAGGUAGACUAGAUCUGACUUGGGUCAGGUCCGACAUGACUCUGACACCAAGUCGGUGUGGCUCAAUGGCCCAACAUGGUCCAAUGGGCUAGAGUGACUUGAAUAGCUUGGAGUGGCUUGACGCUCGAUAAGGCUGAACCCAAACCAGGCCAAUUUAAGUUGGUUCGGUAGAUUCAAUGUGAUUUAAGCUGAUUUAAAUCUGAUACAGGUCAGUUUUGGAUGAUUCCAGAUGGGCUCGAGUCGAUUCAGGCUUGUUCAGCUUGAUUUGAGGUCAGCUUAACUUGAAACUAGACAACUUCAAGUUGAUUUUAUGUGAUUCUAGAUACAUUCUAGUUGUAUCAAGCCAGUUCAACUUGAGUCCAAGCCAGUUCAGCUUGAGUUUAGGCCAAUCUUAGGACUAGCGGGCUAGUUACCCCUUUAUCUCUUGGUCUAGUGAAUUUUAAGAGAUUCUAUAUGAUGUUGUUUUAUGAAUUUUAAGAUUAAUCAAUCAUUAACUUUAACCAUUAAAUGAAAUCGAUGUCGAUAUUAUGAUGUGUAUGUUUGACAUGAAUUUUACUAUAUGUAUGAAGUACAUGUGGCUGUGGAGAGUGAUUGAAAUUGGACAUUUUUAUGUGUCCUCGACAAAGGGGCUACCAACCCAUCAUAGUAUAGAAAUUCCACUGGACUGGAUCUAUCAUGCCAUAUACCAAGUAUGGUCUAUGUUGACACUUUCAAUAUAUAUUUAAAUGUCUCUUAGAAUGUGUGUAUGAAUGAAUGAAUGUGAUAAUAUGAUGAUACAGAUGAGGACAUUGUUUUUCUAUAAAGGGCAAGCAAACCAGUACUUGUAGGGUGAUUAUUGGACUGUCAGAUAUGACGACUUCAUAGUUCCUCCAUCUACUCCAUUUGUUGUUACAAGGAAUAUGUAUUGGCGGAAGAGGGAUAACACUCUGAGUUUUGUUUAUAUGCUAUUGGGAGAAUAUAAGAGAUCAUGUAUUGACGGCUGAGGGAUACCACUCUUAUAUGUUGUAUGUGGAGCCUCAGCCUCUCCAUCUAUUAUUGGAAAAGUGCACCAUCAAGUAUUCGAUCUUUCUGCAUAUAUUAUACGUUGAUGUCCCUUAACAGUUGUGUAGAUAUUGGGCUAUGUUGUUUGAGUAUUCAUGACAUAUGCAAAAUU